AUUUGCUGUACCAUUUAUAAAUGGCUUGCUCAAACAUGUUUCUGAAUAACUUACUCAAAUACCGAAACUUCUCAUCAACGAAACGCUACUUUGCGGGCGGAAAGGUGAUAUUUUCAAAACAGAAGGCAACCGCCUCUUCUUCAUCUACUUCCAUUCCUGCGGUCCAAGGACUGUCCAAAGCAUGUGUGAACGUUCCUAAUCAACCCGUUGGACCCGGUGCCGCAAAAAACACGGGUUACAAGAACCCAGAAUACUUCUGCUAUGACAAGACCAGUUACUUCGAAGCAGAAAUCGAAAUGUUGAACUACAGAUGCCCCCAACCUUCAAAAUUUGUACCUUAUUUUCAAGAUAAGAAGUAAUGAGAUGGUUAUAUCUAAAAGCAUAGUGUGAAUGUAAAUAGCAUAUUUAUUUAACAAUAAAAUUGUAGAUUAAUGGUUUUCACAUUGUUCUAUGGUCUGUAUCGAUUUUUGAUAAUUCACUGCAAGUCCCUUGUUGUUCAUGCAG